UGUGUACAACAACUUCGUGAUUUUUCGCUCCUUAAUUAACUUUUUCGUACUUUUUAUUUUUAGUUAGAGUUAUGCUUUAUAGUUUUUUACUGGCUAUUUUUAUGUUUUUGUUUAUUUUUGUUUAUUUUAUUAAAUUAUUUUUGUUUAAAUUUCCGAAGAAAUUCCAUUUCCCAGGUUCUCAUGUCCUGAUAACAGGAGGUUCAAGUGGGAUUGGCCGAUCCUUAGCUGAGCAAGCUUUCAAAUUAGGAGCUAAUGUCACAUUGUUAGCUAGAGAUGUUGAAAAAUUAGCAGAAACCCAAAAAUAUUUACUGGAACAUUCCAAGACAAAUAAAAAGAACACAGUGCAGUAUUUUUCAGUUGACAUCAGCAGAAAUUAUGACGAAGUAAAUGAUAUCAUUAAACAGGCAGAAUCAAAGUUAGGGCCAGUGGAUGUGUUAAUCAAUUCAGCUGGCUUUUCUGUGGCCGGCUCCUUGGAAGAUUUACACGUUGAUCAGUUCAAGAAACUCAUGGAUUUAAACUACCUGGGCAGCGUCCACUGUACGAAGGCUGUGAUUGGUCAAAUGAAGGCCAGAAGAAGAGGUCGCAUUGUACUAAUUUCAUCUCAGGCUGGCCAGGUGGGAUUGUACGGGUAUUCUGCCUACAGUGGCUCCAAGUUUGCUCUGAGGGGAUUCGCCGAGUCAUUACAAAUGGAGGUGCUUCCGUACAAUGUUCACGUCUGUUUGGCCUUCCCUCCAGACACAAAAACGCCUGGCUACGAUGAGGAGAUGAAGAAUAAGCCUCUCGAGACCAAGUUGAUAUCAGAGAGCUCUGGUCUGCAUGACUCUUCAGAUGUUGCCAAAAAAAUUAUUCAAGGAAUUGUGGAUGGUACCUUCAGCAUAUAUAUCGGCUUGGAAGGUUUCUUUAUGAACCAUUUAACUGCCGGCUUCUCCCCGACAACUAAUCUAACUGACACCUUCAUUCAGGUAUUUAGCAUGGGUCUGCUUAGAAUGGUUAGUGUCAUCUACUUGAGCACGUUCAACAAAAUUGUCCGCAACUGUGCCGUUAACAAGAAAUUACUCUAAUAAUAAUUAUAGUUAUUAUUAUUAUUUAUAAUUAUUAUUGUUAUUUAUUAUGAUAACUGUUGUUUUUAUUGUUGUUGUUCAUUCUGUUUUAAGUUUUUUAGUGUUGAUGUAAUAAAGGAAUUGGUGGUUUUUUUUUAAACCGGAUGAUGUUAGCUUCAAUUUAUAGUAAUAAUAAUUAUGGUAUUAAUUAUUAAUAAUUAAUUAUCAUAAUAAUAAUAAUUAAAA